UUUGUCUUGUACUUUGUCCACAAAAAAAAAAAAAAAAAAAGACGAAACAUUCCCAAAGAUCAGGGUGUCACGCAUUCAGGUUUCAGUGCUUCUGGGUCUGAUCACAUCAGGGAGUGUAACUCCACAGGUGACCAGUAACCCAUCCUGCCCCUGACUAACGGGGGCAUUGAAAAAGUCAUGGGACUAUGAAGGAUGCCAUCUUUCAGGAGGUGACUCAGUGCUCACGGGGUACAGACAAACUGGUAAAAAGGUCAUUAAAAAAACAACAAAAUAUUUUCACCAGAGUUUUGUGCAUAUUGUACCUUCAUAAUAAGAUACAUUGGCAAAAAACAUGCCUAAAAAUACAUACAGACACCAUCACCUGAAAUCCACUGGAGCAUAAAGGAAAAAUGUGAAUUAGUAAGUGGUCAUGGCACAAGGCAUUUUCACAGAGAGAAAUGUUUUUGUCUAAUCUGUUUUCUUUUUUUGCAGUAUGCAUACAGAUCUGUGGCGUUAGGACGCAGUUUUUCUCACGUGUCACUCAUUGUAGCUACACUGACCGGGGCACGAACUUCUGCGAACAUCAAUGCGAUGACGUUAGAAUGCAGCGAUCUCCUGCUGAGAACAUCGCCACCGUGCGCUCUUAUUUUGCAACUAAACUGCAAGAUCGUGAGCUGAAGUCAUCUGCAUUACUGCGCAUGAGAAGUACAACUAGUUCGAGAUGUGGGAGUGGCUCUGGAGGUGCGUAGAGGGAAGUGACUCUCAGAGAAAAUAAAAAGUUGAUGCGAAAACGAAACUAGGAUUUUGACUAAUAAUAUAUAUCCAUGGAUUGGGAUGAAGUUUCACUUCAAGCAUGAGACUGAAACUGCUACAGGACCAGAGCUGCCCAGUGUACCAUUAGAAAAGUCAGUCCUGAUUUGUGUUCGAGGAAACUUUCUUACAAUAUCUUGUGUAAGAUAACACAUGUAUAGAAUAGAAGAUACUGUUUUUUGACAGUAGUUCGGCAUAAAAAGAGAUAGCAGCACCCUGUAGGAAAAUAUGUUGCUUUUCGUCUUCGAAGGGAUUAACGGAUUGUGGACUGCGUCUUCAGUCCAUUACAUCGUACUUAUUCUACUAUUUACUGUUUUUCAGAGUACAAAAGGAAGUCUAACCCGCGACUUGUAGAUUUCCUAAAAGAAGUAUUGCUACUGCCGGGGCACUUCCUGGAGCAAUACUUUAGUUUCAGUGUUGUUAUCGUGUUUUUGCAAAGUGUCGUUUAAUUUUUAUGUCAGUUAACGGAUAAUGUUUUGUCACACAGAGUUUCUGUGAUAGUUUUGUUAACGAUAAUUCCACUAAGAGGCUACACAACUCUGCUGAAGUUCGAGUUUGCACAGCGCUGAACCGGAGCUCCAUCAUGGUCCAUACACGGGAGGAACUGGAUCAGCUGGCAGCUGAAUACACCUCAGACAUCCUGAGCUGUAUUCAUACAGUGCAGGAUUUCUGUGACAGACAUUCAAAAUGGCUCAUCCAGAGAGAGACAGAGCUGGAGAUGAUGCGAGACAUCAUAGUCAGAGCGGAGAAGAUCAACCUCAAAAGUGACCACUUAAAAAAAUCUGAGAAUAAGCUGAAGGCCUUUGGGGAGUUUUUGUGGAGCAAGGUUUCCCAGGUGACCGCGGAGAGCAGGGCACAGGAGCUGGAGAAGGAGCUGGAAUGCCUGCUCCAAGACACCUUGAAGGGGCUUGAGAAGCUGACCCUCUUCCUGGAGGCCGUGGAGAAACUGGCGGUCACUUCGCUCUCUUUCUUCAGGGAGGAGAAUCCGCUGUGCCGGCUCCCCACGGGCACGAGUGCUGCCGCCGUUCGGUCUGUCAUCGCCUCCGCCAGGCGGGCGUGUCCUCUUCUGAUCCAUUUCCAGAGAGAUGCUGGAGACUUCUUCCUGCCGAGCCUGGUCAACGCAGAAUCACUGGCUUUCCAGCUGGACAAGUACAUGAGGGUUUCCCAGGAGCUGUGCGAGAUGCUCCAGAAAAGAAAAGAAAAGCAAGCCUGUAAGAAUGAUCCAUGCUCCAAUUUGACCAAUGAAGCCAUUCAGACCAUGUUUGACCAUUUGACUCACCUGAUCAAUAUCAGAUUGGACAGGCACUUCAGGAUGACCAACCUGUUCAGGGGAGCUGCCCUCCGAUUUGUUGGCCUGUUCAGCCAACGCAGCUCCAGGAUGCGCCAGUUCCUGGAGGCUCUGGAGGAAGCAGCCGUUCAGCUGGACAGGAUGAAGAUGGGGGCCAGCAUCUCCAGUGUGGCGGGAAGCUCUGUGGGCUUUGCGGGGGGCGUCGUGUCCAUUGUGGGCCUGGCCCUGGCCCCGGUGACAGUGGGGGUGUCUCUGAUCCUCACGCUGGUCGGCGUGGGGCUGGGCGUCACCAGUGGCGUGAACAGCUUAGCUACGGGUAUCACCGAGCUGUCAGUCAACUCUUAUCACGGGAAGAAGAUCAACGAAAUCUUCCAGAGCUACAUGGAAGACAUGGAGACUAUUCUGGAGUGUCUGGAGCAAGCGGCCAGCAGCAUUAUACCCAAUUCAGUGCCAGACGUGCUGGAUGUUGCAGCAGGUGUUGCAAGCUUAGUCAAAACUACGGGCAUGGUGGGUAAAGGAAUAGAUGCCGUGGUGGACUGUGCUUCCGCCAUAAAGGUGCUGAAAAGCGAAGAGAUGGUCUCAAGUGUGGCCAAGGUGGUGUCUCAGGAAGUCAAAGCUGCCCGAAACGUCCCUAACAUGGCCGCAGAUCUCACCGAUUUUGGGCAGUUGGCUAAGGGCACCCCACUUGCCCUUAGCAAAUCAGCCAGGGCGGGGUUCAUCGCCCUCAACUCCAUCUUUAUGGGCCUGGACCUCUUCUUCAUCUGCAAAGACAGCAUCAGCCUGGCCAAAGGGAGCAAGAACGAUGUGUCAAAGGUCAUCCGAGGGAGGGCCAGUCUGUGGAAAACUGAGCUGGAUGCAUGGGAGAGGAUCCAUCGCUCUCUAUGCAUAGGGAUAUGGAAGUUCAGGAAGAGUAUGGAGGUCCUGCAGAGGCCAUUUUACUCAUAGCUUAGAAAAACUUAUUGUCUUUACCAGCUGCAUAAUCACUCGGGAGCUCCUUUUAAAUCAGUGCUCAAGACGCAUCUUUUAAGCCACACUUACAAAACCUUUCUAAAUCCAGACAUGACAUAGCUCACUGCUGUAAUGAUAACUAUCCAGAAGAAAUUGUUUAUGUAUUUACUAGCUUUGCUCAGUAGUUAUUGUGAUGUAUCGAUUUGUUAUUUGUACUAAUAUUUGCUGGUUUAGAGCUUGGUUCAUUUGUUAAUGAUAUCUAAUUUGUUUUCA